AUGGCCCAUCAAGCACACCCUUACCAUAUAGUUGACCCCAGCCCAUGACCCCUCACGGGAGCUAUCGCUGCACUUCUAAUAACCUCCGGCCUUGCUAUUUGAUUCCACUUCCACUCUACAACCCUAAUAACACUUGGCACAAUUCUUCUUAUUUUAACCAUCUUUCAGUGAUGACGCGAUGUCGUUCGAGAAGCCACAUUCCAAGGCCAUCACACCCCACCCGUACAAAAGGGUUUACGAUACGGGAUAAUCCUGUUCAUUACCUCGGAAGUCCUCUUCUUUUUAGGGUUCUUCUGGGCAUUCUAUCAUGCAAGCCUAGCCCCUACCCCUGAGUUGGGUGGUUUCUGACCACCAGCAGGCAUCACUCCUCUUGACCCAUUUGAAGUCCCUUUACUUAAUACAGCUGUUCUUCUUGCUUCCGGUGUAACAGUAACCUGAGCACAUCACAGCAUCAUGGAGGGUAAACGGAAACAAGCCAUUCACUCCCUUUUCCUCACAAUCCUUCUUGGGGGCUACUUUACGUUCCUCCAAGCACUUGAAUACCACGAAGCCCCCUUCACUAUUGCAGAUGGGGUUUAUGGCGCCACAUUCUUCGUUGCCACUGGUUUCCACGGACUUCAUGUUCUAAUCGGCUCGACGUUCUUGGCCGUCUGCCUCCUACGUCAGAUUCUCCACCACUUUACGGCCAAUCACCAUUUUGGGUUCGAAGCAGCCGCAUGAUACUGACACUUCGUAGACGUUGUAUGACUGUUCCUUUAUAUCUCUAUCUACUGAUGAGGAUCUUA